AUGUUACCGAUAAGUUACUCUGCUGCCUAUAUCAGCUUAGGAUAUGCUUUAUUGAGGACGUCUCGAAAUCCAUUAUGCCUUAUUCUGUGCAGAUUCAGGUCCAAUAAUAUUCAAAAAGACGAGCCUACGAAAUUGGCUAGUGGUUCCUAUGCUCAGAGUCUACCGUCAACAAACAACAAGAGCAAGUAUGAACCAAAAACUUUAUUAGAGGAAAUGAAAUUGGCAGAAUUGUCAAGGAAAACUUCUGACUCCCCGAACCACACUGUUCCACCUUGGAUCAAACGACAAUUAACGCAAAAAUCAAAGUACGACCGUUGGAACCCCAAGAGGAAACUUAGCAGACAAGAGAUGAUCAAAGUAAAAGAGCUCAAAGAAACAUUUCCACAGUAUAGAACAGUAGACUUGGCUCAGUUUUUCCACAUAUCACCAGAAGCCAUACGGCGUAUCUUGAAAAGCAAGUGGGUACCAAAUGAUCUUGACGAAGAAAUGAUGAGUCAGAGAAAAGAGAGAAAGAUUUUUCAAAGACAGGAGAGGGACCAGACUAUCAUAAGGUCAAAAAUCCGUGGUGGUACCGAGUUACAAAAGGACCGAAAGAGAUAUAAAACCUCUGGCAAGACGAGUAAGGACGAUGAUGAGUUGAACAAAAAUUAUAAUAGAAUUCACAGCCAAUUCUAG